UUUACAAUCGUUAACUGUUUGCCAUCAAUGGGUAUGAAUUUUGACAUUAAUAGUGUGGAAACUACUGGCCAUAAAAUGUUUGAAAAAUUAAACACAAAUACCACUACUAAUGAUAUUAAUUGGACUAAAAAUGUUAACAAAAAAAGUUUUAAAAAUAUUGAAAACCAAUCGCCGGCUGAUUACAUGCCGUCGGCGGCACCGACGGUGGCGGCGGUAAUCAAAAUCGAUGGCAACGAUACGGCCAAACAUUUGAUGCCCGACAAAGACAACAACAACAACAACCAGCAAAAUGUCAAACAAGCCGUGGAAAUGGCUGCCAAUCAGGCUAUCUGGUCAUUGAAUCGGGCCAUCGACAGUUCAAUGAACAAGGGGUUCAGUCUACCCUACCCGCUGGCCGCCCGACUGGUACGGGAACAGGCCAUCAAAGCCAAAGAACAGGCCAACGAUGAACUGCAGAAAAUUGUCGAUCAAAUAGUACAGUCGGCGGCUGUCGCCGACAACGAUGAUCGGCACCGAGUAUUGGCCAUCCGUUAUGAGGCUAAUAAAGCCCUUGAUUUGGCUAUGAAUGCCAUCGAAAGUGCCCGAUCGCUGGCCGUGAAAGCAGCUCUCAGAAAAUUUACCGAAGAGGGGACCGCCGCCAAUGUUGAUGACACCAAAACCGAUACCCAUACCUAUCCGGCAGCACAACAACAACAACAACAGCAGACAGCAUCGUCGACACCAACUUCGGCGGAUAAAAAUGGAGUCAGUGUUGUUGUCCAACAGUUUAUCAAAUCAAUACUAUCCGACACUAUCAUUGCGGGACAAAUGAGUAAAAAAAUUCCCGCAAUUGGCCAGACAUUGAAUUUAUCGGCCAGUUUGUCGACAUAUUAGAUCAGAGCCGUCGAUAACGAAGAGCUGUCGAUUGCAACAGUUUUGCCGACACAAACCUACCGGAGAUCUGAUUUAAUUUUUAUUUUUAUUUUUUUUUUGAUGUCAACCUAAAACAUAUCCAACAUUAUUAUUAUUAUUUAAAUUGACUUAA